UUAGUGUGAAGUAAAGUUGCUGUGUUUGGAAGCGGUGUGCAAGGGGAAAAGUCACAGCAAAAAUGAAGAUGAAGCUGUGUAAAACUUUUUUAGAAAAUGAGUUCAGAGGGCAGCUGCUGAACCAGAGGUGGACGCGAGGAGACAGAAUAAGCAGAUUCUGUGAGACCAAAAGGAGCCUUCGAAUCAAAAUGAGUCAGGACACAGCAGAAACGAGAACCCGGACCCGCUCAAAAGGCAUCAGAGUACCCGUUGAACUCGUGGGAGCAGAGUUAAGUAGCUGCCCCACCCCCGGGUGCGAUGGUUCAGGCCAUGUCAUUGGGAGAUAUUCACGACACAGAAGCAUUCUUGGAUGCCCAAUAGUGAAGAAGAGGAAACUUGUGGAGGCGGAGGAAGAAGAGAAUCAACCCGCCCCCAAGAAAAAGACCCUGCCCCUGAAGUUGGCCAUGGACGAGGGCUUCAACACAGCAGACAGUGACGCCGCCAGUGAGGCAGAGCAUAAGGAGGGAGAGGAGUCAGAGGAGGAGGAGCAGGAAGAGAAGGAAAAUAGCAAAACGCCAAACCCAGCCAUGUCCAUGAAAGGUGAGUCAAGAGAAGACCAGAAUCCAAGGAAUAUAUCACAUUUAUCAUGGAUUGCUAUUGGCUAUUGCAGUGGUACAGCACUGUACACAGACAAUUGCGCACAGGUGUUACCCGAAGACACAGAAAAAAAGACGUCUGUCGAGUUCGUCACCAUAGCUGCACCUGAAGCAGAGGCUCUGCAGGAGGACACAGAGGCAGCCACCACAACCCAACAGCAGGCUUUCACAGAGGCAGAAGCAGAAACAGAGGCAGAGACAGCGACAGACAGACGCGAAGAGGAGGUGCAAGUAGUGGCAGAGAUACAGGCCGCUGAGGAGGAGGAGGAGGAGGAAGAUGAGGAUACAGUUGAUGUAUACAGAACAAUAGAGCAGCCCAAAGGCGACAAUGAAACAGGGAGAGCAGAGAGUGAGGAGAAGCAAAAGGAGGUGGCAGGAGAGGAGGAGGAGGAGGAGGGAGGAGGGGAGGAAGAGAAAGAGGAGGAGAGGCAAUUUGUGAGUCAGGAGAUCUCAGAUCACCAGUAUUCCAGUGGCGACUAUAGCAGGCAUCCGGCAAAAGAGGAGGGAGAUGAGGAAGAAGAGAAGAAGGGAGAGGAAAAGGAGGAGGAGGAGGAAGAGGAGGAGGUGGAAGAGGAGGUAGAGGAAGAAAAGGAGGAAGAGGAGGAUGAGGUGGUCUACAUGGAGCCUGCCAUCCCUCUUGCCCCUAGUACUCCUGCUCAGGAAUGUGAGGAUACAGAAGUGGCAGCGGGGGAGGUAAAGAUUGGUUCCCCGUUGACUGAAGAGGAGGAAGAGGAGGAGGAAGAAGAGGAGGAAACAGAAGCAGGGGAGGUGGAAGAAGAGGACCACGACUCUCACAAAGCCCCACCUACCACAGUGGCCAUUGAGAUACGAUCUGAGGAAGAGGAAGAUGAGGAGGAAGAGGAGGAGGAAGAUGACUGUCUCUCACAGGGUUCGGGUGUGACAGAUGACUCAGAGACCUGGGAUAUGACCCGGGGGAACUUGGGACUGCUGGAGCAAGCCAUCGCCCUGAAGGCCGAGCAGGUGAGAGGGCCGCACGUCGACCAACAGUCUCCAGAGCACCAGCACUACCACAGCCCCGACGACAGGGCCAGCAAAGCCAUGGACCAAGCCAUGCGACACAGAGGACACCACAGCAAAGAAAAGAAGGAGGUGAAAUGCCCUACCCCUGGGUGUGAUGGGACGGGCCAUGUGACUGGGCUGUACCCCCACCACCGCAGCCUCUCUGGGUGCCCUCACAAAGACAGGAUCCCACCUGAGAUACUGGCCAUGCACGAGAACGUGCUGAAGUGUCCAACUCCAGGAUGCAUAGGCCAGGGUCACGUAAACAGCAAUCGCAACACACACCGCAGUCUGUCCGGUUGUCCCAUAGCAGCUGCAGAGAAACUCUCCAAGGGGGGCCAUGUCACCCCCAGUCACCCCCAGCCUUCAGUCAGUGAGCCCGCAACUGGGAGCCCACAUUCAGACAGAGUUCUCAGGUACGGCUACAGACCCAACAUGGUGGGCCUGCCACACCCCGCCGCCAAACCUGCCAAAGAGCGUGGAGAAAUACUCCAAGCUCCUGUCGACUAUGCAAGCUUCGACGUCCAGGUGUUUGGGAAGCCUUUGCUGGUUCCAAAGAUACCCGCCACCAGCCAAACCUCACCCAAAGCCUUCAAAUCUAAACCAUUCCCUAAGGCCACGUCCCCGGGCCAUAGCUUCUCGGGAGGAUAUGCAAAGAGCAGCUCCUCCUCUUCCUCCAGUGGCUACGAUUACACCCAUGAUGCCGAGGCUGCUCACAUGGCUGCCACUGCCAUUCUGAACCUGUCCACACGCUGCUGGGAGAGUCCAGAGAACCUUAGCACCAAACAGCAGGACCCAGCUGGCAAGAUGGACUAUGUGGCCCACUCCUACACCUCCUCUGACGCAGAAGAUGAUGACAUCACCCAGGAGAGCAUGGAGGACAGGAAGUACCCAGGCGAGGUCACCACGUCCAGCUUCAAGGUCCAGUUCUCGCCCAAAGACUGCAAAAAAGAGGUUCUACUGUGUCCCACCCCAGGUUGUGAUGGCAGUGGGCACAUCACUGGAAACUACGCUUCACAUCGGAGUCUGUCAGGCUGUCCUCUUGCUGAUAAGUCUCUUCGGACCCUCAUGGCUGCCCACUCUGCUGAACUGAAGUGUCCGACCCCUGAAUGCGAUGGAUCAGGUCACAUCACUGGAAACUACGCCUCCCAUAGAAGUUUGUCUGGAUGCCCCCGUGCUAAGAAAGGUGCCGUCAAAACAACACCCACCAAGGAUGACAAGGAAGACUCUGAGCUUUUAAGUAGAUGCCCGGUGCCCGGCUGUGACAGCCUGGGCCACAUCAGUGGGAAGUAUGCCACCCACCGUAGUGCAUACGGGUGCCCGCUGGCAGCGAGGCGUCAGAAGGAGGGGCUCCUCAACGGUUCUCCUUUCUCCUGGAAGGCCUUUAAGACGGAGGGCCCCACCUGUCCCACCCCCGGCUGUGAUGGAUCAGGACACGCCAACGGCAGCUUCCUCACACACCGCAGUCUCUCUGGUUGUCCCAGAGCCUCCGCUAAUAAGAAGAGAACCAGGUUACCUGGAGACGAGUACAUUACAGCAAAGUUCAAGGCCAGCGAUGUUCUGGAUAAUGAUGAAGAUAUCAAGCAGCUGAACAAAGAGAUCGGGGAACUGAGUGAGUCCAACUCAGAGAUGGAGGAUGAUAUGAUGAACCUGCACACACAGAUCUCAUCCAUGGAGAAGAACCUGAAGAGUAUGGAGGAGGAAAACAAGCAGAUCGAGGAGAGGAACGAUGCCCUGUACAUGGAGCUGUCUGGCCUGAGCCAAGCUCUGAUCCGCAGCCUGUCCAACAUCCGGCUGCCACACAUGCAGGAACCUAUGUCGGACCAGAACUUCGAUAAUUACGUGGACACCUUGACCCAUAUGUUCUCCAAUAAAGAUUGCUACCAAAACCCGGAGAACCGCGCUCUGUUGGAGUCCAUCAACCAAGCAGUAAAAGGCAUCGAAGUGUAGUCUCUAAAAGUGUGGUGAGACAUAAUGGAACAUACAAAAGAGAGGCAGAAGAGGAGAGAGAAGGCAAGGUGACAUGGUGUCUGGGUAUACAAAACCCAACAACCAUAAAUAAUCAUCCCUUGCUUUUGGAAUAUAUACUUGGUUUUUCUCUUAUUUGUUUUGGAGAAAAUAUGUUGUCCAUUUCAUGUUGCUCCCCUCCCUGUUUGCAUGAAGGUUAACAGGAUCAAUGGAUACACAAGUGUUUUUGUGCGCAUUGGAGUAAACUGUGUUGGUGUGGGUGUUUGGGAACCUUUUGAGGGGUAUAAUAAAAAAAGACAUCCACUUUAAUUGUACAGAGCAGACUAAGAAUGCAGUAUACUGGCUCCAAUACCCCAUCAUAACAUACGCUCCAAAAUAGUGUACUUGUGUUCCAACCCUAUUGAGUAAUGUUGAUAGUAUUUAUGGGCAUAAAUAUUGCACUUCCAGGAAUAGUUUGUGAUUUCAUUAUUAUUGUUGUGUAUGAAUUUUAGUCUGUUUAAUAUAUUAUUUAUUCAUGUUGUGUUCAUUUUGCUUAUUUAUUCAGCAUUUAUUUAUUGACCUAUUUAUUUAUUUUUACAAAAAAAAUGACACUGAAGACAUUUUUAAACAGCGACAGAGAGGACUUGUUUAUCCUCUGCAUUGUUGAAAAAUAGGAAAUAUUUUAAAAUAUCAACUAUAAAUUGUUUUAUAUAUCUUAUUUAUUUGAAAUACUGGGAUCUUUUUUAAGUGCAAAUAUUUUGUAACCGACAAGUUUUGAUAAUUUUUUAAAGAGUUAGAUUUUUGUUUAUAUCAUUUAUUUUAUUUCCAUAAAGUAUUUUGAGACACCUUUGCAAUGAACUAGGAAAAAUGUGAUGAACGUAUUUAAUAUUUAUUUGAUAAUGAAGAACAAAGUGAAUGGAGAUGUUGAUGUAUAUUUAUUUUGUAUUGUCUAUGUCACGUGUUAGUGAUGAUGGCUGUGUAUGGAUUAGUCUUUGGCCAUAUGUUGAUUUUGAAAUAAAGGAAAACCUGUGCUAAGAAAA